CUUCAUCAGUCCUGCCUUCUCUGUGCAAGUCGGGGCUUGGGGAGCGAAGACAUUCAUUCUAACAAGCUCAUCUCUGCUACAUUGCAUAUCUUCCAUUGAUUCCCGAAGCUGUCACUGUCGCUUGCGUCCCUCGACGCCCAAGCUGCGUCGUGUCUGCUGUUGCACGUUUACAAUGUUUCAUAUUUGAACAACGUAAUCUUACUGACGAGAGAGUCGUGGCAGCUUUUGGACACUGACACCGCCCUUCAAAGCCUGGAUUGAUAUCCUUUGUCUUCACUCGUCCCCUGGCAACAGCCCCCAGUGCGAACGUCACAAGCAGGGUCGUGCUGAUUUCGUGGAAGCUCGCUACUCAAGGGCAGCCUUGCGCUCUGAUGCCUUUAUCAUGUUCGGCAAAGCAUUUAGAGCCCUGAGCUCUGGCUCUCGUGACCGAGACCGCUUCUUAGAAGAUGCAUAUCUCGACCGCCCAUCACCACGACCGCGACCGUCGGGUUCGGAAUCUACACAGCGUCAAUUAAAGGCACCCGUAGCCUUCGAAAACCUUCACGUCUCAGAUAGCGAUAGCGACGAGUAUGGGCUGCCACAAGUUCGGAAGGGUAGCUUUUCCAGGAACGACUCGCACAAGAGGACACAUUCUCGAGAGCAAGCCGAAGUGGAAAUCAAGUGUCCUGGCUGUGGAGAUCUUUCUCGACUGAAACUGUCUGAUAAUUGGCAUGCUUGCAGGUUCUGCCAUGUUAGACCUUUCGACGCGCGACGACCUCAAGCCGUCCAUCCUGCGCCAGGAAAGCAGACUCAAAAGCAGUUGAGGACGCCGAGGCAGCUGGAGGAGAGUUUUAGAAAUAUGUACAGGAGACUGGGAGUGAUCGUACACGACGAAGGCGCAGAAGUCAGACCAUCUGAGACGGACCAAGUCAACAAUGGUAUGAAAAUGCCACCAAGUCAUAGAGCUCCAAGUUCGGCUCCCUCUUCUAAAAAACCCGCCGGUACAAGGCCUUCCGAACUUGACUUGAACUUGCUCGGGCCUAACAGGGCUCUCUCAUCUUCAGUACCUCCCGUAGAAUCACCACUUCGCACUCCUCCAGCUCAAGUUCAUCCGUCCUGUCCAGCAAUGCAACCAGCGUCGAGCCGACAAGGCCCAUCCUCAGAGCACCCGCAUGGACGAGAUAAGUUCGUUAUUCAAAACAACAGCCUCUCAACGCCUCGCGAACCGCCACGCCCUGUAUCACGAGGAUCGCCAUAUGCUUCUCACCAAAGCUUAAAAACCUCUCCCCGUAAGCGAAUGCCGAACGUGAGCACCGUAGCUAAUGGCUAUCGAGGUCCUGAAAUACAUCAUUCACCCAAGGAAAGAGCGAAACAACAGCUACUGGAGUGUUUCCAAGCAGAAUUUCGCAGUUUAUUUGGCAAUGUGGAUUUUCUUAAUGGGAGCUUCUGUUCGUCUAUUCGGCCUAAAGGCUCAAAACGGUCCAUGAGCGAAGGCUCAAAUAUAUCUCUUAAGACAAAUGAAAACGGUGCUGUAGGCCCUGUACUUUCAAAGGAUGAUUCUGAGAAAGGAGCUCCCACUAAAACCCGCAUGGGUAAACCUCUCCCGCCCAUUCCAAGUCUGGUCCCAGACUUCCCCGACAGCAAAACGCUUCUCGCAGGCCACAUUCAUGAUAUCGUUUCCAGUCUUGUUGAGUUUGGAAAUCAACGACCAUUCGAACGAAGCACAACUGUUGCGCAAAAAUCGACGUACCAGACAUCGCCACAUAUUAACUAUCCUGAGCUGCAUGCUUAUCAUUCCAUCCUGUCACGAUAUACUCUUGACGUAGACUAUUGUUUGACACUCGUUGUUCAGGAGGGAGACAAUCCAGACAAACGAUGUUCGAUUAAGACUGAGGUCGUACGUUUCAUAGGCAAUCUACUCUCGGCCUGUUUCGAUGUCCUAUUUGAUGUGCUCACAGCCGCUAGAGAGGAGCCUAAAGCACCACAAGGUGCCAGAUACUUAUUGAUCAUACUCUCAACGCCAUGGCUCCUACGGCCCUUGACUCCUCUUGCAACAAUAUAUAGACGUUGGCACGACGAGCAAGCUGCUCGCUAUAGGCAUGAGCCUGUCGGGCGGCUAGAGGAUGAAGCACGAUUACUCCUUCUCGAUCAUCCUCAAGAUCAAAAGUCGGUCACGUCGUUGCGGGACCGAAUCAUUGGCCUAUGCUUGGGCAGGAUCGCUAAUCUCUCCGACACUGUGCAGCACGUGUUUGCUCGCUGGUUUGCGAACAUGCCUGUUAACAUCUAUGUGGAAAUAACGAAGACGGUCCAAGACUUCAACCUCAAGCAAAUCAAAAGCAUCCCUGUCGAACAGCACUCGCGGACAGAAGAAACAAGGCAGCUUCACGACAGAAGAUUCCUCAGCGAAAUGCUAGGCACGACGAAUAUUGAGAAUUUUGACAACGACUUUGAGGCUUUACCGUGGUACUCAAAGAAAAAGAGUGCUUGGAAGCUGCGAACAUCCUGUCAAGUUUUGCAACUGUUAGUUGUUGCGAAUGACAUCAAGACUGAUACUGCAUCUCGAUACAAUUCCGCACAUGGUAAAACUCGCCCAUCAGAGGAUAUGUACAAGCCAUUCCCAGUUGACUACUUUUACACACCAUUGCUUGAUGCCGAAGCUGGUCGCCUUGACGUAGCAUUAGAUUUCGAAUUGUGGGACUCACGAAGGGGUAAUUUCACCAUGUGCCAAUAUCCUUUCUUGAUGACGCUUGGUACAAAAGUGCGAGCACUGGAAUACGACAACGAGCGCAGGAAAAAGGAUGCAGUGCGUCAAGAGUGGCAUGCGAGCAAGGGCAUGUCUGCAGAUCCCUACUUUCACCUUACCGUGCGCCGUGACUACAUAAUUGAAGACAGUUUCAAAGUUAUCCGACAAGCCGUUGGCUCGAUGUCUAAAGUCACUUCAAAGAAGCUGCGUGUUCACUUUGAGGGAGAAGAAGCCGUGGAUGCAGGUGGUCCUCAGAAAGAAUGGUUUCUCAUUCUUACCGAGAAAUUGUUCGACCCAGAACUUGGCCUCUUCUACCUCAGCGAUUCUGGAUAUUUUUGGUUUAAUUCAGCUUGUAAACAACCAAAUGAAUAUUUCGAACUUGUGGGUGCGGUCUUCGGACUAGCCAUAUACAACCAAACGUCGCUAUUUGCUCCUUUCCCUCCGUUUCUAUUUAAAAAGCUCGCUGCGGCUGCACCAAGGCAAAGCAACGUCGGCAUUCUUUGGCGACACCUAUGGCGUCCUACUCUCCAGGACUACGCUCAAUUAUCACCUGACUUUGCAAGAGUUUUGAAGCAAGGUUUGGAAGACCCGUCGGUGAUGGAAGGUCUUGCUUUUGAAAUACCAGUAUGGCAAAAUGGACAGAGCGUGUAUCAUGCUCUGGAACCAGAUGGCUCGAACCGAAUUAUUAAUGCAGGCAACAUUGAUGAAUUUGUGGAGAAAGCCGUAUCAUACGUGCUGCAAGACUCGAUCAACAACCAGUUCAGGGCCUUCGCACGUGGAUUCCAUUCUAUUUGUGGCGGCAACGCGCUGUCACUGUUCCGCGGUGAAGAGCUUGAGCUACUUGUGCGUGGUUCUGAAGACUUUGACUUAGAAACAUUGCGCGCUGCGGCAGUAUACGACAAUUGGAAACGUCUAGGCACGGAUGAAGAUUUACAGACCGAGGACGAGGUGGUGCAGACCUACCCUCUGGUUAACAUGUUUUGGAACUACUUUCAAGCGGCCGACAUCAAAGAACGCAGGAGGAUCCUACGCUUCAUCACAGGAACGGAUCGGUUACCUCCAGCAGGCAUCGUCAAUCUUGUCAUCAAGAUCAGCCGACAGCAGAUGAAGAAGGGAGAGUAUCGAUAUCCAUCUGCGCGGACUUGCUUUAAUCAGAUACUUCUGCCGGACUGCUUUGAAAAGCAAUCAAUUUUCGACAAAGUGUUUAAGAAUGCACUCGACAUGGCUGGCACAGGGUUCGGUAUGAAAUGAUUCAGGUACAGAAAUGCCACUAGUAGAUAAGCUCCUCCUGCAAAUGAAAACACGUGGAGAGAAAAUGCAACAAGAUUACUGUUCG